GCGAGCUGGCCUGGCUCUCUAAAGUAGAUGCCGGGUGGAUCUAUGGUUCUGGCGGAACAGAGAGGGAGCCCCAGCAGCGCGGAGGAAGUUUGAGCCGCGAGGAUGCAGCCCACAUACUGGUACGCGGUGCUUCUGCUGCAACCUGCGCUGUACCUGGUCACGUGUGCAAAUUUAACCAGUGGUGGCAAAUCAGAACUUCUAAAAGCAGGCAGUUCCAAAUCCACACUAAAGCAUAUAUGGACAGAAAGCAGCAAAGACUUAUCAAUCAGCCGGCUGCUAUCACAGACUUUUCGCAGAAAAGAAAAUGAAACAGAUUUGAGUGUGCGGUAUGAUGCCCCUGAAACCUAUUCGGAGCAAGAUCUCUGGGACUGGCUGAGGAACUCCACGGAUCUUCAAGAGCCUCGACCCAGAGCAAAGAGACGGCCCAUUGUCAAGACUGGGAAGUUUAAGAAAAUGUUUGGCUGGGGCGAUUUUCAUUCCAAUAUUAAGACAGUCAAGCUAAACCUAUUGAUAACUGGGAAAAUAGUUGAUCAUGGCAACGGGACGUUCAGUGUUUACUUUAGGCAUAAUUCAACUGGCCAAGGAAAUGUAUCUGUGAGCUUGGUGCCCCCAACCAAAAUAGUAGAAUUUGACUUGGCACAACAAACAGUGAUUGAUGCCAAAGAUUCCAAGUCCUUCAACUGCCGCAUUGAGUAUGAAAAGGUUGACAAAGCCACCAAGAACACGCUCUGCAACUAUGACCCUUCUAAAACAUGUUACCAGGAGCAAACCCAAAGUCACGUCUCAUGGCUCUGCUCCAAGCCUUUUAAAGUAAUCUGUAUUUACAUUUCCUUUUAUAGUACAGAUUAUAAACUAGUACAGAAAGUAUGUCCAGAUUACAACUACCAUAGUGACACGCCAUACUUCCCUUCGGGUUGAAGCAGAAUGUACAUCUAAGACUGAGGAUCCCAAGGAAUAAAUAAAAUAAAAUAAAAUAAAAGAGGUCAUAUGACAGGGCUAUUACCUCAAAGAAGAAGGCCACAACUUUUGCCCGGAAUGUGUCUACACUUUGCUGCUGAUAUCAACUGGCUGCAAAUAUGUUAACGGAAGCCAAUCUAAUAUCAUUUCUGCCCAGUCAGCUCCAUUACAUAUCAGUCCAGUGGUAAAUCACUAUUUAAAUAAUUCCACAUAUGGUUUCUCUUUCUCUCUCUCUUUCCUUCUCCCUCUUUGCAUCUACAGAGAUACCUCUUAAGAGGGCUUUCAUUGUCUGAUAUAUGUUGCAGGAUCACCUGUCAUCAAGCAAAAAGGAUUAAUUAGCUAAAGAAUGGUUUCUUACACAGACUGUUACGGAAAUCUAAGUCUUAAAUACAUGAUAAUCAAUA